CAUCGCUUUCAAGAAUCUUCUAGCACUAAUUGCAACAAGAAUAGCACAUGGCAUCGCGGACACUGGUCGUUGACAAUGGCGCGUCAACAAUUAAGUGUGGGUAUGCUGAUGGAAAUACGAGUUAUAGAAUAAUUCCCAACAACAUCACUCGAUCCAAAACCGAGAGGAAAGCCUUCAUAGGCGAUCAGCUUGAGACUUGUAAAGACUUUUCAGGUCUCUACUAUCGCCUACCCUUUGAGAAAGGUUUGCUCACCAACUGGGAUGUUGAAAAACAAGUCUGGGACAGAAUAUUCACGGGAAAAGUUAUGCCGUGCGACCCAUCAUCAACAACCCUUUUGAUCUCUGAACCAAUAUUGAAUUUACCCAAUAUCGCUACAACGUAUGAUCAGCUUGUUUUUGAAGAAUACGCCUUUCAGUCCUAUACCCGUAUGUCUGCGCCCCAGAUGGCCAUGUACAACGAGAUUCCGAAAUUAUAUGGACAAAAAAUAGGCAGCGGCAAAAAGAGAGUUGAUUGUGCGGUGGUUGUCGACUCUGGAUACUCAUUCACACAUAUUGUGCCAUUCUGGAAAGGCAAACCGAUUUUAGUGGGCAUUCGGAGGAUCAACGUAGGGGGCAAGUUGCUGACGAAUCACUUAAAGGAAAUCAUUUCCUUCCGAUAUUGGAAUAUGAUGGAUGAAACACAUCUCGUGAAUGAGGUCAAAGAAGCUUGCUGCUUUAUAUCCAACAACUUCUGGGAAGAUCUGGACAUUUGCAAGAAAUCACCGCGUGCCAAUAAAAUCCUCCAGCAUUAUGUUCUGCCGGAUUAUUCAUCACAGCAGACAGGAUAUAUUAAGGGCAAACGAGGAACUAAGAAAGUCAAAAGUAAGAAAACUUCAAGCAAAAUGGAUAUCGACAUUGAUCAGACCGAACCUGAGGAACUUGGAAAGGACGAAGAAGUAGAAAACAAAGAGUCUAGUGGUGAUGAAUAUGAUAACGACAUUGAAAUGACGACGCCUGAUGAUGAUGAGCAAGUUUUGACCAUGAACAAUGAGCGGUUCACGGUACCGGAAAUUCUUUUCCAUCCAUCGGAUAUUGGCAUGGAGCAAGCAGGCAUUCCUGAGGCUGUCGUAGAUGCUGUUUCUUCAUGCGAUGAAGAAAUCCAAGGUAUGCUUUAUGCCAAUGUGGUACUCAUUGGUGGUAAUGCCCGGCUGCCGGGUUUUAGGAGACGGGUAGCAAAUGAUCUUCGCCAACUAGCUCCAUCAGAAUACGAGGUUAGAGUUGGCAUUGACAGUGAUCCUCUUGGAUAUGGAUGGAGAGGUGCAGUGCGACUUGCCACGAUGGAUGAGUUUGCGAGUGAGUUUAAGAGUAGGCUGGUCACCAGAGCCGAAUACUUGGAAUCAGGGAGCACCCUUUGCGAGUCACGGUUUCGUUCUGGAGUAUAACUCAAUCCUGGUCCAUUAGAUAAUCUCGAAUCAAAUGUAAAAUAAUCAAUUUUUGUAAAAUAAAC